CAGGCUGCUCUGGCUCACAAAGAUGCUCGGGAAGCUGAACUUCUGAGAGGCUGCGGUGUGAGUGUGGGCGCGCAUAUGCAGACGCGGCUCCCAGCUGUACCGCGACUCUCAGGGAAAAGGACUCUGAGAAGACCCCGAGUGAAUACUAAAGUGAAAGCCGUACUGAGAAAAGAAAAAGCAAACUGCAGACUGGUCAACCGAGAAUGAGCAUUCAGAAGCACCAGCUUCUAAAGAGACGAUGAGCUGAGCCGAACCCAGAAGAGACCAACAACUCCUUUGCGAGUUCUGCUGUUUCUGACCCUGCUCCUAGCAGGCGCCAAGCGCAGCCUCCCAACUUCUACAGGAAUACAGACUGGGAGAGAAUCACUCGGAGCUUACCUGACCCAGGAAGGAGGUUGGAUCAGUUCAAGGAGGACUCAAAUCCAGCUGCUGCAGGAAGAUGAACUCCACCCACCACCAUGGCAUGUAUACUUCCCUCCACCUCUGGAACCGCAGCAGCUACGGGCUGCAUGGCAAUGCCAGCGAGUCGCUGGGGAAGGGCCACCCGGACGGAGGAUGCUAUGAGCAACUUUUUGUCUCCCCCGAGGUGUUUGUGACUCUGGGUGUCAUAAGCCUGUUGGAGAACAUUCUAGUGAUCGUGGCGAUAGCCAAGAACAAGAACCUGCACUCACCCAUGUACUUUUUCAUCUGUAGCCUGGCUGUGGCAGAUAUGCUGGUGAGCGUUUCGAAUGGGUCGGAAACCAUCGUCAUUACCCUGUUAAACAGUACGGACACGGAUGCCCAGAGCUUCACCGUGAACAUUGAUAAUGUCAUUGACUCUGUGAUCUGUAGCUCCUUGCUCGCAUCCAUUUGCAGCCUGCUUUCCAUUGCGGUGGACAGGUAUUUCACUAUCUUUUACGCGCUCCAGUACCAUAACAUCAUGACGGUUAGGCGGGUCGGGAUCAUCAUAAGUUGUAUCUGGGCAGCUUGCACGGUGUCAGGCGUUCUCUUCAUCAUUUACUCGGACAGCAGCGCUGUCAUCAUCUGCCUCAUUUCCAUGUUCUUCACUAUGCUAGUUCUCAUGGCCUCUCUCUAUGUCCACAUGUUCCUGAUGGCGAGACUUCACAUUAAGAGGAUUGCUGUCCUCCCAGGCACAGGGACCAUCCGCCAGGGUACCAACAUGAAGGGGGCGAUUACCUUGACCAUCCUGAUUGGAGUCUUUGUUGUCUGCUGGGCCCCGUUCUUUCUCCAUUUACUGUUCUACAUCUCUUGCCCUCAGAAUCCAUACUGCGUGUGCUUCAUGUCUCAUUUUAAUUUGUAUCUCAUACUGAUCAUGUGUAACGCCGUCAUCGACCCUCUCAUUUAUGCCCUCCGGAGUCAAGAACUGAGGAAAACUUUCAAAGAGAUCAUCUGUUUCUAUCCCCUGGGAGGCAUCUGUGAGUUGUCUAGCAGGUAUUAAGCAGGGAACAGAGUGCAUACUGGGUAGAUACCUGCAGACUUUGUCACUCUGGCCCGAUCUGAGCAGUGUACUUCCCAACAGCUGUCUCUUCUGUGUAAUGCUUUGGUUGAAAAUAUCUACUGUAUAAAUGUAAGUUUGUGGCUUUUGACAUGGAAAAAAAAAGCCUCAACGUGUUAUGUUUAUUGACCCACUACAUUUUUUUGUUUGUAAAAUGCUUAUUUAUGUUCUAUAUAGUGUGGGCGUUAUGAAUUGACAUGAGAGAAAAACAGACACCCUUAUUAAAACGUUGACAGUGUUUCUUUCCUGUUCUUUAUCAAGGUUCCACACUUGUUCUUUCUGUAGUAGCAGAAAUCAGAACCUUAUUAAAUGUGUUCUCAGCUGUUCUCAUGUAUUAGCCCCACAGUACUGCAGAGGCACUGAUCCCACUGUUUAUGGGGAAAUAUUUAAACACUAGAUGCUUGAUCAUUAAAAUGAGUCAGCUCUCUUAGUGAAAUUUCAAGCAAUUGAAUACAAGCUUGCCUAUUAUCCUUGCUGUUCAAAUACACUGAUGCUUCUUUUUAAGUAAAGGAAAGAGAAAGGGGGAAGAAGCAGCUACUGAAGAGAAAGUGAGAUUUCUGUCACAUGCAUUUCUCCAAGAUGGAAUGGUUCACUGCCUGAGACUCAGAAUUUACACAGGCAAGUCAGCUGUGGUAGGGGAAAUGCCCACUUAAUAGGUUAAAGAUAUUAUAAUAGAUAAAAUAGAUUAAUAGAUAAAAUAGAUGCCAAUCUUAAUAGACUAGAGUGUCCUGGUAAAUAUAAACUGUCCACACCAUGCUGAAAUUUCCUAUGCCAAAUGAUACCCCACCAUAACAGAAUGAUUUCUUUCUGGCCUCUUACCAGGGAUCUGGUUCCUACAGAAAGGUCCAGAACAGCUCCCUCUGCACUUAGAGGUCCAGCAUUCAUUUCCUCUUCGAGUUAACAGUGAGCUGUGCUAUCUUUCAUAUGGUGGGGACUUGUUCACUUUCUGAUUACUUUUUGAGCUGGAAUAUAAGUGCUGAAGAUCAAGUGAUUUAAUUCCCAAGCCAAAUCCACAUCACAAAACAUUUUGGGACAGUGUUUGUAAACUAUCUAAAAUGUGGAGCCCUGUGGUACUUGCACGUAACGAGAUGGAAAGAGAACACAAAUGGGGUCCUGGAAGGUACAAUAAAACACUGCUGUUCUUAGUCACGUCUUGGGAGGGGGAAUGCUUGUUUUCUCCAAAAUAAUACCAAAGGUGUGGCCACCGAGCAACCAAAUCUAUGCUUUCUAGUCUGUGUAUACUUUGAAAUAAAAAGGAUAA